AUGCACUCAUCCUCAUUACAACAGACCCUUUUGAUGGUGAUCUUGCUAGUCACUGUAAUAUGCGCCAGUCCAUUUCCAAAUCCACAAAAUGAUGUGAACACUCCAGUCGAAAACCCAACGUUGGCAAACCAAAUCAACUCAUCUCCACCUCCAACCGAGCAAAAGACGGAAGAUGAAGAGAACAAAGAACCAGCAGAUCACAAGAAAGCUUUAUCAGAAUUAAUUUCCAAUAAUAUUGACGUUGCUAGACUCAAUCAGAUAGUUAAGAAACUUUCACAAAAUGAACUUUCAUCAGAAGAAAUCAUUGGUUUAGCUCAAAAUGGAACUAAAAUCGAAUUCCAACAAACUAAACAUCGAACUUAUUUAUCUGAACAUCCAUUGGAUCAAUCUAAACGUGAAGAAAAUGAUCAAGCAUCUGAAAAGUUAGGUCCAAUUAUUGAACAAAUUCAGCAACAUUUUAAUGAUAUCGCUAAUGAUCCUUCACAAGUUAAACCAAACCUUGCAGAAAUUAUUCGAUUGAGAUCUGAAGCUCUUCCUCUUGCUAUGAUCAUCAUUUCAAACGUACUUUCUAAUGGAACUCGAACAUAG